AUGUACUUUGACUUUAACCUUCCUUACACAAAGAACGAUGCCAAAAACCCAAACCGUCUUCGCCUGAUCCUCGCUCGAUACAGUGAAUUGGCAGAAAGCGUGGUGGCUCUCAACUACACAACCGAUCAAUGUGCACCAGAACAGACGUUGACGAUCGAGCCGAUCAGCACGACCGAUAUAAAACAUCCUGUUGUUCAGCUCACGCGACUCACGCUCGAAAUUGAUGAACCCGUAUCCAAGGAAGCAUUAGCAGCAUUACGAUCCAAAUAUCAAUUGAUAGCCAUCCGUACUUCCAAUCCACGUGUGUUUGAAGAAGCAUGCUCCACCUACGACAUUGAUAUCAUAUCUUUGGAUUCAGGCAAGCGAUUAUCAUUUCGACUGGAUCCACUCUUGGUAAAACAAGCCAUAGCACGUGGUGUUUAUUUUGAGUUAUGCUAUAGUCAUGGCAUUCACGAUGAUACAAAACGCGCCUAUGUGCUGCAAACGAGCAAGGAACUUAUUCGCGUUACCAAUGGCGACCAUUUUAUUGUCUCAAGCGAAGCUUCAAAUGUCUCACACAUCAAAUCCUCUUUCGAUAUUGUAUACCUGCUCAAAGCACUUGGAUUACCAAAUGACAAGGCGAAGUUUGCAACGAGUAAGAAUGGAGAAGCACUUAUCAAGAGGCUAAGGAAAAAGGAAAACAAUGAGAUGCUGGUAGAUAGUGCGUAA